UCUCCGUUCGCUCCACCAAUACUCGCCCGUCCAUUGCAGUUCACUCUUCUCCAUUAACAUUUUGGAUGUUUCAAUCCAUGUCACAUCGGUGUUACUUGACGCUUCUUCCGUCCUUUAAGUAGCUCACCACUUCGGCGAAUGAAUGAGGAUGUACAUCAUUUUCUCAUCCAAGUGAUGAGUAUUCGGGGAAUGGAUUUAGGGGCGUGGUGGGGCAUUUAGGGUUUUCAUUUCAAUUGGAUGAUUGGAAGGGGCAAGUUGUUGUCGGGGGGUUACAUGCGGAAAUCGUUCAGGGACUCGUUGAAGCUCCUCGAGGCUGACAUCGGGCACGCGAACACUUUGGCAUCAGAUUUUCUCACCGAAUAUGAUGGUGCAUGCCUUCAAAUGCGAAUGUCAUAUCGUCCAGCUGCACAUUUGUUUCUUUUUCUUGUUCAGUGGACAGAUUGCAACCUUGCUGGGGCUCUUGGACUCAUUAGAAUUAUGAUAUAUAAGGUUCAUAUUGAUGGAACAACAACCAUGUCAACUCUUGAAAGAAAAGGUAGCAUUAAAGAGUUUUAUGUUGCUAUUUUCCCCUCUUUGCUCCAACUACAGAAAGGGAUCACCAACAUGGAAGACAAAAAGCAAAAGGUGGUAUGCAUGGAAAGAUAUAGACGAAGGGAUGAGGAUGAAAGGAAGCAGCUCUCUGAGAUAGAUGUUGAAAGAGAGGAAGAAUGUGGGAUUUGCAUGGAGAUGAACAACAAAAUCAUAUUGCCCAGGUGCAGCCAUGCUAUGUGUAUAAAAUGCUACAGAGAAUGGAACUCAAGAUCACAGUCAUGCCCCUUCUGUCGUGAUAGCCUCAGGGAUUUAUGGGUGUUCGUCAAUAGUAGAGAUGUCGUUGACAUGACAAUGGUGACACGUGAAGACAUCAGGCGCUUAAUCAUGUACAUAAAGAAGUUGCCCGAAGUUGUUCCAGAGACCGUCUUCGAUGCUUGUGAUUCUCAUGAUAGGUUACCCAUGUGCCCGCGCCAUUUGGUUGACUUCCAUCAAUUUCUUAAUCUAGUUUCUAUCUGCUCAAGUAGCUUGAUUUUAUCUAUAGUUUGGAGAUGAUUCCAGUUUAAGUGGAAAAUCUGCUCUUCUUUUUCAAGUAGCUAAUUGACUUGCAAGCUACACCCGCUGAGCAUCUUCAGCACUAUGUAAAUUCUUGUACAGUUGGUAAGAUUAUAUUUAAAUUUUAUUAGUAUCGUGAUCA